AUGGCUCGCGGACCGAAGAAGCACUUGAAGCGGCUCGCCGCUCCAUCCCACUGGAUGCUCAACAAGAUCACGGGCCACUAUGCCCCUCGCCCCUCUCCUGGCCCGCACAAGCUGCGGGAGUGCCUGCCGCUGGCGAUUCUGCUGCGGAACCGACUCAAGUACGCGCUGACCUACCAGGAGACGAAGCUGAUAGUGAUGCAGCGGCUGGUGAAGGUGGACGGGAAGGUGCGGACGGACCAGUGCUACCCCGCGGGGUUCAUGGACGUGGUUUCGCUGGAGAAGACGCAGCAGCACUUCCGGCUGCUGCUGGACACCAAGGGGCGCUUCGUGCCGCGGCCCAUCAGCGCGGAAGAGGCUUCUUACAAGCUCUGCAGAGUGAAGAAGGUGCUGAUCGGCCCCAAGGCCAUUCCUAUGCUGGUCACCCACGACGCCCGCACCAUCCGCUUCCCCCACCCCAACAUCAAGGUCCACGACACGAUCCGCCUCAGCAUUGCGGACUCCAAGAUCGUGGACACGUACAAGUUCGAAGUCGGCAACGUGGCGAUGGUCACCGGCGGCCACAACGUCGGCCGCGUCGGCACCAUCGUCAACAGGGAACGCCACUUGGGCAGUUUCGACAUUGUGCAUCUUCGGGACUCGCGGGGAAACGAAUUUGCGACGCGGAUCAGCAACGUGUUCGUGAUUGGCAAGGGCGAGAAGCCCAUGGUCUCGCUGCCCAAGGACAAGGGCAUUCGCCUCACCAUCUUCGAGGACCGCCAGCUCAAGCUCAAGAAAAACGCGGGACUCUGA